GUGUGUUUUACUUUAACUUUGCAUAUCGAACAAAACAGACUAACUGGCUCGGCACCAGAAUUAUUUUAAAAUUAAAAACAGCUUACUUCCAUUGGCAUCGCAUGAUACUGAACAUUUCUGCAUCGAAUAAUUAAUGAAUUAUAUUUGUUAACACACAAGUUUAUAUUUUCUCGCGAAAUCAGCGUAUUAUUAAGUAUUUAUAAAAUGUAAAGGUGCUACCACUAAAGUGAUAAAAUAGUGAUAAACGGAUUUCCCUAUCGGUGUGAGUGGAAUUUCGACGAAAAAGAAAAGUUCAAUGCGCGUUAUUCGUCAUAAAUACAGAACAAGCGUUUGUGUGAACUGAAGGAGAAAACAAAGACUUGCAAAUAUUGAAAUGUGCUGAGGUUUUAUUUUCCGUAGAAACAACAAAGCAUAAUAAUACAUAGCCAUACACACACACACCUAUGUAUGUACAUAUGAAAAAUAUUCGAAUGCUAUAAAAGUUGGCCACAUAGUCUACGCUUUACGUAAACACCCGCAUACAGAUUUCUAAACUAAUAUUGUAAUGGUUUUAAUUUGUAACAUAUAUUCAGGCUCGGAAAAAAUUUGAUUAUUGACAUUAAAAGAAAUACAACAAAUAUAAAGUUAAUUAUCAAUUCGCAAUGUCAACCAUUCCAAACGUCGUUUUCUUCCUGGCGUUAAUUGGUUUAUGCUUAACUGCGUCUGCCGAGAUAAAAUUUAAGGCGCAACUUCCGGAAUUGGAAGUCAACGCAAUACGCCACGACCAAUUUGCUCUAGAGGACAAACUAUGGAAUUACUUGAAUAAGGAAGGUACCAGCAAAAUUUCUCAAGUGCGAAAAGUAUUUGACGCCUUUCGCAAGUUCAUUAAUAAUAAUCUGCAAAGCAAUUUUGAGGUGGGAAAAUAUGAUAUACUAAAUCACUACGAAUGGAGUCUGCUGGAGCGCGAUCUGCUGCAAAUCGACAGCAUAUUCGGUUACUAUAAGAAUUUCAUGAACGAGCACAACAACACCGAUGAGCUAAGUGAGCGCGCCGUUCUGGACUUUUGCGAAACUGUGCUUCGCAAUGAUAAUACCUUUUCUAUGUCGCGCAUUUUCCAGGAUAUCGAGCUAGUCAUGGUGAAGCAAACACUCUAUUAUAGAGCAAUGUUGGAAUCGACGGACAAAAUAUGCCAUACACAACAGUCAGCACAACAAUUCGUCUAUUCACUUUAUGCCGAUAUAGCCCUUACUGAACUAAAGGGAUACAUUAUGAUGGAGUUUUCCUGGAUGAUGCUAAGAAUCUACGGCAAAGGCAAUUAUACCGAAGAAGUGAACUUGACGCGUAUGGACUAUGAAAAACGUACUGGUCGAACGCUAAAACUAUUGCGAGAGGUUAUGCGUCGUGCCGACCGCAUUGUUUGGCGAUGUGACCCAGCUAAAUUUAUAAGAGGUAAAAAUUAUGAUGAGGUUACUCGGCUUUUACAGGGCUAUAUCGAAAAUGAAGUUGACUUAAACAAAGAGGAAACAUGCCGUGAGACUUGUGAUUUUUACCAAUCAACCAGAUCAGAGGGUUGCUUUAAGGAUCUGUAUUGCGCACGUCAACCUAGAUGCUCAGGCAAGGUGUAUCACUGCACAUUUGUGGACUCAGACAUGUGGGUUUGCCCCGCUGGCCGAAAUAGCACGCGUCGCUAUGAAUAUAUUGAAUAUGAAAAUGGCCGCGUACUUGGUCAGAGAUCAGCUUGUGUGCGUGGUAGUACAAAGGUGGACUCCUGGUGGCGCUAUAUUUUGUGGCAUUGCAGCUAUUGCUUCUGUUUGUGCGAUGAAAUUAGUAUAAAAUCGGAUCGCUACUUCAAUCUACGCGAAACGGUAGCAGACGUAGAAAACAAUAGAGUAGUCACAGGUUUACGAUUCGUAAAAAGUAAUCGCGUAUUUCACUUGCAAAUCGAAGAAGGACAACUUCUGCCAAGAGGUGGCAUAAAUAGGACUAGCCAAAGAUGGAAACCAGUUGACAAUUAUCAAAUAUUCGAUAGAAACGUGCGCAAUGGACGGGAUUAUCAUACACUCAGUUACGAAAGCCGGUCAAUGGACUUGGACGACAUCUACACAGACGACAAUUCAUAUGUAGUCGUUGGUGUGCGUUUCCGAGUUGUUGGUGCUCAUUUAAACGUAGAAGCCAAAUUAGCCGAAUACGAUUUUCUGGAAGGCAAAUUAAUAUCUCCAGAAAUUAAUAGCUUUUGGAAGUCUAACGAUAACACAGACGUAAGCGGAGAUCGAAGACAAAAAGUAAAUCUCAACAACCCAGAUAUGUCCACCCGCACUAUAGUCAAAUCUAUACCCGACUCUCGACACAACCAGUAUAUUGAUUUUGUCAAUACGAACAUGGAUAAGGAUGCCGCGCAAAGUACGGUGCCUUUCAUAGAUACACAGGAGGUGGUAUCUAACCCUCCGGUGCCUCUUUCCGGUCUCGGUAUAUACCACAAGGGUCGACAAGGUUAUGGCGGUUUUCUAGCACCAAAGAUUAUGACUUACGAUUUUACGCCUCACAUUCGAGUGCCGCAAAAUAUAAAUUAAUUUAUAAAGCUUAGGAGGUACCUAUAGUUAUUUUAUGUAGGUGUAUGCGUCUGUAUAUUUUAUAAUACUAAUAUAUCGUAUCUAUUUAAAUUGGUAUUCACUCGAACUAACAAAAGAUAUCCGUUUGAAAAUUGAGAGUAUAUAAUUUUUUAGUGAGCCUCAUGUGCGCUUGUAGGAAUACAUGCAUACAUUUGAAUUGGAACCAUUAAUUUCACUUAUCAAAAGAAAAAUAAUUUUAUUUAAAAUAAAACAGAAACUAAACUAAA